AAAACACUCCUUGAAUACGGCACAGGUUGAAACAAGGACGCAAGUUCACGCCCUGCGCUAUGCAAAACUUCGUCAAAGAUCGCGACCGGGCAGCCAGUCCACAGAAUGGUCAACCAAUUGUCACAGCCGACCGGCAGGCAAUUGCUGCGAAUGCAAAGAUCUCACUCAAGAAGGUGCCUAUUGCUCAGCAGCCACAGGUUCAGCCAUCCAUUCCGUCCCGUGGAUUUGGCAAUGCUCAGAACAGCUCUGCAGUCAUGCAACAACAUCGACGGAGCCGCCAACCGGGCCAAGGUCAAGGCCAGAAGCGUGACCCUUACGAUACUGACGCGGAGAGUCUUGACACAACGGUAAAUCACUCUAUAACACAAGUUGAGGAUAGCCAGAAGAAAGACCCGGGCCAUCAUCAACAGCAAGGCCAGAUUGUCGAUGUCGGUGAGGAGUCGGGUGGGGAUGAGGAAGCGUCUGAAGAAGAGGAGGAAGAAGAAGAAGACUUCGAUGGCUAUGUACUCACGCAAGAAAAUCUUCAGCUUCUUGAAAAGGCUGGCCUCCGGGACUACUCUCGUGAAGCGCAAAUCGAGUUCUUGCAGCAGACACAGCCGUAUGGAUUUGGAACUAUCGACGGUGAUUCUUACCCCACAACAACUAACGGCGAUCCUACUGAAUGGGAAGGAGGACAGGAGCCACCCUCAGAGAUCUAUAACGACAGGGUCCCGACUUCUCCUUCCCCGCAGCGAGUCAACUCCCACGGGCAACUCACACGUCCAAUCGUACCACAGCUACAUCAACAAGAACAAGUGCCGAAGAUGUUUGGAGCUAAUCGGACUAUUCCAAAAUCGACCAACUUCUUUCACCAGUCAGCAAAGAUUCGCAGCGAGCAGCGUUCCACUCCGCAGCUCACUCAACGACAAGGACAAGGUUAUUCAAACAACGCGGCUGCCCUGCCCGCCAGCCUGCCCCCCACUUACAGCCAGGCCAACAAGGGAAUUGCUUCGGAUCUGCCAGUACACUCAAACAAUCGUCAGAACACUCACGCACCGGUCAACCGCCCUCCACAACUUGUUCAGCGAGAGCCAUCUGGGUACACACGCGUUCAACUUCAUCCUCCCAAACCUCAUGAGCCUGCUGUCCCUUUGAAAUCCACAUCAUCAACGCGAGCUAGAGUGCAACCGGUUGUACAGCAACAACCCGUAGAGCCAGCACCACUCGAAUAUUCUAAUGAUAUCCCUGCUAGCGACUACGAUGAUGAAAAGUUAUUCGCAAUGAAAUACGAUGAUUUGAAGAACGAAAGCUUCGACAAGGAUCCUCGUGCGGGCCCUCCAGCUCUCACUAACGACAUGCUCCGGAAGCCACUCGUUGAGCGCUUACAGUUCGUACAUGAAAACUUCGAUGCUGGUAGACAGUCUCAUUUCUUCAGCUCACUACCAACUACCGAAUGGGAGGAUGCCGGCGACUGGUUUCUAGAUCAAUUCCAAAGCAUCAUCAAACGCACUAAAGAAGCGAGGCAGAGCAAGCGGAAGCUUGCACAUGCGUUCGAGGAUGAGAUUGAGAGGCGGCACAUGCAUGUGUCAAAGAAACAGCAUCAGGUGGAAGAAGCUAUGGAGAAGAUGAAGAUGCAGGGCGAGGGCAUGAUGCAUAAGAGUCCAAGGGCCUCCAAGAGCCCGAAGCCAAAGAGGGGUUGAUAAUAUGGUGGUUAAUCACGACUGUUUACGUACGGAUGAUACAUGAAGGAUUGCACGAGAACGAGAGGCGGUCAUACUGCGUACUAUAUACCCAUAUCAGCGAGCAUACGUACUUUUAGCGCUUGAAGACAUCAAUGUCAAGUGGUUUCGCGCAUCUUGGUGGCUGAAUUUUCGGGGUCGGGGCUCCCUUAUCAGGAUGUGGCUGUGGGGCGAUGUGGUACUUCCUUAUCAACAGGCCAUCCUGACCUUAUAAUCACUCCAAAUAUUCUCACCUGUCAGUGCAAUGGACAACACUAAUACAGUAAAACCCACUGCUUACUAUGUUUGCUGGACUA